UUAUGCAAUAUGACACUUCUCAUUAUAUUCAUUCAACGAGCAGCAGUGACUGACAGAUACACUUUGCUACAUUUCUCCAGGACGUAAUGGGGGUUUCCAGCUGUCGGGCUGAGCACCACAUCCAGACGAUUGCCCGCUGUGGCAUUCGGGCACAGCGCCCACUGGUCGGUCAUGCCGUUUACAGCUAGAAGUGUGCCGUGAUCGCCGGGCACCAGACAAUACGCGUCAGGAGCCGGGGGAGGAUGCUGCGUCGUGAUGAAGCUCGGCGAAUCGCCGGGGACAACAUCCAGCGAAUUGACGCGCAGGUUCGGCAGUCCUUUCGCAAUGGGGUGAAGGCCGCCGUGGGUGAGAUGGUGCGACGUAUAUGUUAUCCCUUGCAUAGUAGGAUCGAAGCCGCUGCUGGCGGAUUGCGCCGUGAAUAAUGUUUCUCGGUCAGUCGGCUGGAAAGUAAUUCGAGUCAUGGCGAACCAUCUGAGCCUAUUGUAGCAGCACUUACAGCAACGGUAAGAAUGGACCAGCUGAUCUUGGUCACGGGGGGUGGAACCUCGACUGCAUUCACGAGAACAGAACUGGGCCCAUUGAGUGGAGCGUUGACGUAGACAGCCUCGAGACUGAAAUCAGAAAGACUGGUCUUGGUCUGGCAAGAUGCCAAUGCAACAGUGAUGUAGGCGAGGAGGAUAUAUAGCUUCAUAGAUGGUGGUGCAUCUGGAGCGCUGUCUGCUGCGCAGGCUUUAUAGGAGAACAAGCCGCGAAAUUUACUUGCGAUUGAGGGCUAGACUGGGAAGCAGGCACAGUCCAGCAGUCCAGAAGCUGGAUCCCCCUAUGCGCCAUACGAUGUUUCAUGAUAUGAAGAUGCCGUUGCGCACCUGGACCAAUGGAAGAAAUGUGUGAAAAGUUUUGCACUUGUGGCUUACAGUGAGCCGAAUUCCAUCUGCACAUCUUCGUG